AUGCCAAACAGAACUCAUCCCAGGUAGAACAAGAUCAGUGAUCGAAGUGCAUGCAUUCGUAUCAGACAUUAUUUAUUAUUCCAAAUGGAUCGUUGGAUUAAUAAAGUGGCGGUUGUUACUGGGGCAAGCUCCGGCAUCGGUGCAGCUAUUGUGGUGGAGUUGGCUAAAGCUGGAAUGGUAGUUAUUGGUUUGGCUCGCCGGGUGGAUCGCGUAGAGGAACUGAAAAAGCGACUUUCAGAAAAAGAUGCUGCAAGAUUGUACGCCAUGAAGUGCGACGUUUCGAAGGAAGAUUCAAUAACCAAUGCCUUUGAAGAGAUUAUUCGACAAUUCUCCGGAAUAGAUGUGAUAGUGAAUAAUGCAGGAAUAGUGAAACACAGUCUGCUGCUAGGCGACGACGAUUUUCAACAAUUGAGAGAUGUGAUUGAUACCAAUGUGAUGGGAUUGGCCUUGUGUAGCCGUAAGGCAUUCAGAUCGAUGAAAGAAAGAGACGUUGCGGGUCACAUAAUACAUAUUAAUAGCAUUGCUGGACAUAAAGUUCCUAAUUUUCCACAUAUGAAUAUGUAUGCAGCGAGCAAACAUGCAGUCACUGCUAUCACUGAAACGAUGAGAAAUGAACUGAUAAUGCUUGGCUCGAAAACUAAAGUAACUAGCAUCAGCCCCGGUGUAGUUCGUACUGAUAUAGUGGAAGGACUACAUUCAUCAGAUGAGUUUCCUAUGUUAGAGGGCGAAGAUAUUGCCAAGGCGAUCCUUUACGUUCUGGGUACUCCACCGCACGUACAAGUGCAUGAGUUAACUAUUAAACCAGUUGGUGAAGCUUUCUAAAUAAUUGUUUUUUCAAUUUGCUUCGGCCGUGCACAUAUCUAAUACAACUAAAAAAACCCAAAUGCAUUGUAUGGAUUUCCGUUCCUCGCACACCAAGGUGUAACGAAAAGGGUAUACUUGAGUUGAUCUUUUAGAGACUUGUUUUUAAGAUUUUGAACUUGGCAUGCCGAAGAAAAGCUGAUGCUUUAAUAAAAUAGAACCAUGAUUUUCUGAUUAUGAAUCCAGAAAUUCCAGUAAA